CAGCAGCAGGGGAAAUCAGGGAAAUCUGGGAUAUCUGGGAAAGGGGAGUCGGUGAAAACCGGGACUAAACCGGCAGAAAUCCCCACGGAGCCGUGACCGUCUCACCGUUUCCCCCCGGACUCUGCUCGCCUCUCUCCCCGCCGGUGGCUGCGGUUUUUCUCCCAGAAAUCUCCCUGGAUCCGCACAGGUGAUUGAAUUCCUCCACUCUGUGCUGUGUUGGAGAGGGACUGAGCAGCAUUAGCCGACCAAAGAUGGAUCAGCUGUCAGACGAGGAGGUGGAGGUCAGGGAGGAUGACGAGGAGGAGGACAGCGACAAGGAGGACCAGGACCUGGACAAGAUGUUUGGAGCCUGGCUCGGGGAGCUGGACAAACUCACCCAGAGUCUGGAUGAUGGCCGCCCCCCGGAGGAGCCCCCUCAGCAGAAAGCCCCCCUCAGACAGGAGACCAACAUGGCCAACUUCUCCUACAGAUUCUCCAUCUACAACAUCAACGAGGCGUUGAAUCAGGGCGAGAACGUGGACCUGGACGCCCUCAUGGCCGAUCUGUGCUCCAUCGAACAGGAACUCAGCACCAUCAACACAAAACCCAACAGCAGCGGCGGCAUGGCUCGCCUGGGGCUGACCGACACCAAGGUCCGUCAGAAGCCUCCAGCAGGGCGCAGCAGGGGCCAGCAGCCGGCAGGGGGCAGCAGCAGUAACAGUGUUAGCGGUGGGGGAGGCAGCAGCGGGGCGAGCAGCAACAGCAGCAGCGCCAGAGCGUCGCCCGCGGGCACCAUCAGAGCCCCCACUGGGCAUCACGGGAGACCGGCGCUCGCUUCCAACUUCAGCCUGGACGACAUCACCGCCCAGCUGGAGAAGGCGUCUCUCAGUAUGGAUGAAGCCGCUCGUCAGACCUCCUCUCAUUCUCUAAGCUCCGCCUCUUCCUACACGUCUUCCGCCACCAUGAGGCGGCCCGGGUCGUCUCAGCGCCAACACCGACGCACCGGAUCCGUCGGCACGGUCAGCGAACACGAGGCUCGUUCGAUCGUUCACUCGUCGCGCUCCUCCGUCACCUCGGCCUCAGGGGUGUCGGUGAACUCGGGCUCCUCCAUGAACUCGGCCUCCUCCAUGGACUCUCUGGACAGCGUCCUGCGCUCCGAGUCGGACGGGCAGCCUCAGUCCGUCGGACCGGCGGGGGAGGGAGCCGCUCAGGUGCAUCACAACACAGAGCACUCCUAUCUGGACAGGGAAACCUCUCUGAUUCUGAGAAACAUAGCAGGGAAACCUUCCCACCUGCUGACCAAGGAGGAGCAGGCUGCCAAGCUGAAGGCAGAUAACAUCCGGGUCGCUCUGGAGAAGAUCAAGGAGGCGCAGGUUAAAAAGCUGGUGAUUCGUGUCCAUCUGUCAGACGAGAGCUCGAAGACGAUGAUGGUGGACGAGAGACAGACGGUCAGACAGGUUUUGGACAGUUUGUUGGAGAAAUCCCACUGUGGUUACAGCCCAGACUGGUCACUGGUGGAGACCAUCAACGAGCUGCAGAUGGAGCGGAUCUUCGAGGACCACGAGAACCUGGUGGAGAACCUGCUGAACUGGACCAGAGACAGCCAGAACCGCCUGAUGUUCACCGAACGCAUCGAGAAGUACGCAGUGUUCAAAAACCCCCAGAACUAUUUGCUGGGGCGGAAGGAGACAUGUGAGAUGGCUGAGAGGAACAAAGAGGCUCUGUUGGAGGAGUGUUUUGGUGGCAGCACCGUGUCCGUCCCGGAGAUGGAGGGCGUGUUGUGGCUGAAGGAGGACGGGAAGAAGUCGUGGAAGAAGCGCUACUUCCUGCUCCGAGCUUCUGGAAUCUACUACGUUCCAAAGGGAAAAGCCAAGGCAUCCAGAGACCUGGUGUGUUUCCUGCAGUUGGAUCACGUUAAUGUGUACAGCGGUCAGGACUACAAGAGCAAGUACAAAGCUCCUACAGACUACUGCAUGGUGCUAAAGCACCCUCAGAUCCAGAAGAAAUCUCAGUACAUCAAGUACCUCUGCUGCGACGACGUCCGAACCCUCCAACAGUGGAUCAACAGUAUUCGAAUCGCCAAGUACGGGAAGCAGCUGUACAUUAACUUCCAGGAGGCGAUGAGGAGGACGGAGGCGGCCUACGAUUGGUCCUCCCUCUCUUCCUCCUCCAUCAAGUCAGGAUCCAGCUCCUCCAGUCUUCCAGAGUCCCAGUCCAACCACUCCAGCCAAUCAGACAGCGGCGUUUCAGAGAUGACAUCAUCCGGUCACGCCCGCUCUCAGAGUGCCGUCAGCUCGAUAUUCUCCGAUGCCUGGAGGAGAGGAACGCAGGGCGAGAUGAUGAGGAUCGACCCUAUCAGUAGGCCCAUCCCUGUGCAGAUCCUCUCCCCCCAGCCCCCUCCCUCCCGCUCCAGCUACACAGAAGGCCUCGUCCAAUCAGAGGACUCCUCUCCAUCUCCGCCCUCGCCUCCCCCGCCUCCUCCCCCCAUCGCCAGUGUGGCCCAUCAGACAUCUUCCACCCCGUCGUACGUCAAGUACAGCACGCUGGCCCGCCUGCAGAGCCAGAACCAGUCUGCUAAGCCCAACUACAACACCCUCCCCGCCGCGUACAGCGCCUCAACCCCCCUACUUCCGUCUCCCCCCCCUCCUCCCCCACCUUCAGAACCGACUCCCGGCUCCGCGAUGGCCGCUCUGAAGUUCGGUCCACCGAGCCCUUCUGCUCUCCCACCUCCACCCCCACUGGAGGAGGACUUGCAAGAGCCCUCCUACCUCCCUCCUCCUCCUCCCCCGGAGUGCAUGAAUGGUUUACCCCCGCCUCCCCCCCCAGAGGUCCUCAUCCCCGCCUCCCACCUCACAAACAGCGGCCUCCAGGAGUUCCUGUCGCACAAGUUCCCCCACAUGGUGUACGACUUCACCCCGGAUAUGUUGGAGGAUUCUCCCCCUCCUCCGCCUCCCACUGAGGUUUCUCCCCCAGCCUCCCUCCCUCUGAGGCCUCUCUCCCCCAACGCACCCCCUCCCGCACCUCCCAAAACCUUCACGGGUGGUUUUCCUCCUCAAACUGCUCCCAAACCGUCGGGUCCUUCCUCCCUUCCCAUCGCCCUUUCACCCGUUUCUCCCACGCAGCCGUACAGCAACCAGCCGCCGUUUAAGAAGCAGCAGAGCUUCUCCACGGGACACUCCCCCAAUCAGCCUCCCCCAACUCUCCCAAAGCAGCACAGCCUCUCCUCCAAAAACCUCACCCUCUCUCCCUCCUCUUCCUCCUCUUCGGUCUCCAUCGCGGCCGCUACCUCCUCAUUGGUCAAACAGAUCGUCAAUCAGUUCCCAGGGAACGCCUCCCCGUCCUCCCUGUCCGCCUCCAGCUCCAUGGAAGGAUCCAAGUUCUCGGCUCCCCCGUCUCCCCCGGCGGUCAAAGCCAAACCAAAAUGGCAGCCGGGGGGGGGUGUCGUGGCUCCACAAUCCCCGGAGUUCCCCCCGCCACCUCCUCUGAACAACUCAGGAGAUUUCCCUCCUCCUCCGUCUUCCUCCUCCUCCUCCAAGACGGGAUCGCCGAUCAAGAAGUCUCCCUCCUCCUCGUCCACCUCCUCCAACAAGCGAGGGCCCCCCCCCGCCCCGCAGAGAGCCUCCUCCAUCCAACGCCACUCCGGCGGCGACCCCGCAGAGGAGAAGCCGAAGAAGGUAGAGAGCCUGGUCAACAAGUUCGGCCAACAAGCCCCUCAGACCGGCACCUCCUCCAGCUCCUCCUCGGCAACCGGAUCUCCUUCCAAGGAAUCCUCCUCGCUCCCCGCUCCGCUCCCCAAACCCGGGAAGCUGAAUCUGGCGAACCUCCCGCUGGCGCUGCAGGGUCUGCAGGCGGGUCAGCACCAUCAGCCCGCCGAAUACCCCUCCCCUCCUCCCCCGCCUCCCCCCGCCCAGCCUCAGCACCUCGACUUGGAUUACUUCCCGCCUCCUCCGAGUGACUUUGAGCUCUUCCCGCCGCCCCCCCACCCCUCGGAGUUUCAUCAACCGCCCAAAGUGGCCGUGGUGAACCCGCAGCCUCAGAUGCAGCCCGCCCCCUCCACCUCCUGGAAGCAGAGCUCCCUGAAGAAGGGGGCCAUCCUCCCUCCCUCUAUGAGCCGGAGGACCAGCAACACCACCCAGUACGACAACACCCCCCUCUCGCCUCCCCCUCUGUCUCAAACCCCGCCUCCCUCCCUGUCUUCUUAUUCCACCUCCUCCUCUCCCGUACCCCCCACCUCGCCGAAGUCCCCCGGUCCGAGCAGCCUGACGCUGAAACCCCACUUCCUGGAAGACCUCAACCGCACCCUGAAGAGGAAGUCUGUGUCUCGCCACGGCUCGCUCACCUCCUCCCACCUCACCCUUUCCACCAAGAUGGAGCCGAUGGGCACCAUGGACGACAUGGCGCUGCUGCCGCCUCCCCCCCCAGAGCUCAUGCAGCAGCAGGGGGGCGUUCGAGGACACUCCCAAACUCUGUCUCGCCACCACACACACUCCCACUCCACCAAACACGCCAACAUCUCAGGCUAUGCAACGCUGCGGCGAGGCCCGCCCCCGGCUCCCCCGAAACGGGACCAAAGCACCAAACUGACGGGGGAGUGGUAGGGAGGGAGGAAGUGGGCGGAGCCUAAACAAAGUGACUAUUUAGGAAGAAGAAAUAAUCCGUGUCUGUGUUGACUCGUCCGUCUCUCCUCAUCCUGAAAGCAUCCAUGCGUUGGAUUCCCGAACAAGUAGCAAGCGUCUCUCCUGACAUCAUGAUAUGAUUGUUCCUAUUAUCCUCAUUAUUAGUAUCAUUACCGAUCAUUACAUGAGUAAAAAUAUAUAUAUAUGUAUAUAUAUCUGUAUACAAGCAAGCCAGAAAAAUCACCUAUCAAGCUUUUUUCACAACGUCCGUGCAGCUUUGCAUCGAAACGAGAGACUGAAGGACAGCGGGACGAUGUGCUGCACAAUAACCGGUACUGCAUGGAGCCGAGGAAGUACAUUUACCCCCCAGCGGGCGGAGGGGUCAUGGGACUCAGAGAUGUGUAUAGAAGUGUAUGUUGUGAACUCGGGGAGGGAACAGGGGUUGGUGGGGGUGGGGGGUUAGCAUUGCCAUUUAUUUCAAACUUUUGUGUGUGUGUUUUUAUAUAAGAUUAUUUAAUACUGGAAAGAUAUUAUUAUUAUUAUUAUUAUUAUUUUAAAAGAAGUGUCAAAAGAGAAUGACUGGUCUGUGUUCUCAAAAAGUGUCUGAAAUAUUUGGAUCAUUUCUCAGAUUUCUUUUAAUUUCACGAGAGCUUCAUGACAGGAUAACAUGCACAACAACGUGUAAGGCUGUUCUCAGAUUACAGGACUUUUUAAAGGAUUUUUCAUAGAAUUAUAUCGUUUUUUUCACAUUUCUUCACUAGCCAGAGGCCUCGAGAUACAAUAUUUGUACAGCACCGUAUUAUUGUGAAGAUAAACAUGGCCAGAAAAUCUGAAUUUGGAAAAAAAAGAGGUUAUUUUGGCACUCUGGCGCCACCCAGUGGUAGUAUCAUAAAAGACACUGUGUCCCAUAUCCAUACAAAUACCAUCUAAUGCUAUUUAUAGACUUUAUAAACUGCAAAAUGUGCAGUUUAUCAUCAGCUGUUUUAUCGAAUAAGAUAAAGGUUUCGUGCAAUAUUUGAAUUUUCCUCUUUGUUUUGAUCAAUUUUCCUGCAAACCCGAUCAGAAAAAAAACUGUACAGAAUAACCACCAUGUAGUAAACUGUAAAAGCACUUGUUACCAAAAAAGUUUAAUUUGUAUUUGCAGUAUUAAUAAUUUAAACACAAUAAAAAAGACUUGCCUUUACAAUAUAUUGCAAAACAUCCUAAUACCAUAUUCAUUUUCUUCCCUGCCUCUAAUCAGGACAGUGCACAUGUCUCAUUGUACAGUAUGUUUAUUUAUAUGUUUAUUAUUAUUCAGGACGGUCCUGCAGACGACCUCCUUUAAUCUGAGCGCAGCCUUAGUUUUAAUUUGCAUAACAUAAAACUAAUUGUUGCACAUCUGGUAACAGAGUAGAUGAAACAGACUCUACUGUGUUCGUCACAGUCAGCUUUACAGUCAGUGUGUCAGGUGAUUGUUUGGUAGCUAUUGUUCCAUGCAGCUACACGGAAGUCAGUCAGUUUGCUAGUUAAUAAACCCGUCACUUGUCUGUCAUCUGAUCGCCUGGUCAAUCGCUUUGCUUUUAAAAGGUGUGUGUGAUCAGAGGAGCCCAAAGGAAGCCUUGGGAACAAGUGCCUGAACAAGUAAACGCUCAAACUGCUCACUGUGUGUGUGUGUGUGUGUGUGUGUGUGUGUGUGUGUGUGUGUGUGUGUGUGUGUGUGUGUGUGUGUGUGUGUGUGUGUGUGUGUGUGUGUGUGUGUGUGUGUGUGUGUGUGUGUCUGUGUCUGUGUGUGUGUGUGUGUGCUAACAUCACACCUCGACUGUGACUUCUGUGAUAUCGACCGUCAGCUUUCUGACCUGCUGAAACCUGGAGUUUAUGUGUACCAUUCACACUGCCAUCGUUUUUAAAAACUAAUCUGAAUUUGGGAAGAAAAAUAAGGAAGCCUGAGGAGCUGAUGUGAGACACGCAGCGGCUAAAACUGGUGGUGCCUCCCUGUGGUGUAUCUAACAGACACUGUGGUCCAUUGUAAGACUUUAUUUGACCUUUAUUUGGGUAAGAAUUUCUGUGUUUUGCCUCUGAUGUUUAACAUGUUUAACUCCAGCUUCCUCUGCUGUUACAACACCCAGCCCCUCAAAAUUAGACUUCAAAUCAUGAGGUGUUUCUGAUGAUCUGGAACAAGUUUAUAAAUAUUUAAGUAGAGCUAAAAUAAUAAGAAUGCACUGGUUGCAGCCUCUGAAAUAUCACCGGUUUUCUUUAGCAGCUUUGAUUGGUUUUCAACUAUCGUUCGGACAAAAUGUCAGAAAGAAGAGCACUCAGUCGCUCGUAGCACUUAGGGAAAAUGCCUAAUGGAUACACACUUUGGGAGUAAUCCUGUAAGCAGACGAUUAUGUCAGACAGAUUUUGUCUUACGAAACAUGUCUAAAAAAAAAGUGUGUUAAAAACCCGGUCAGUUCAUCAGAGGAACACUCCCUGAAAAAACUGAAACGUUGACUUUAAUUAAAUGCAAUGUGAAAAGAUCUCACAUAACUGUAUUAGGUGGAUUGAAAGCAAUAAUAUUAAGAUGGAAUUGAAAAUAUGUGUAUUAUUGCUUUUAUUGAACCUAAUACAGUUAUGUGAGAUCUGUUGACUUAGUACAUUUAAUUAAAGUCUGUUUUUGUGUCAUUUUGAGGAUCAAACUGUUUCCAGAUCAGCUGAUAAAGGCUUUCUUAAUACAUGUUCUCAUUAUAAGGUUAUUAAACUCUCAGCUGACUUCAGGUCUGUUUCAGUAGAUUUAAAUGAUCCACAUGCCAUGUCAUCACCAGUUCAAAACAGAUGCCAAAAAUGUGUUAUCGCUUCUCCAGCUUUGUUUUUUUUUGUAUGUGCAAUCGUUUCGUUUUUGAAGAUUUAAUUCGAAUGUAUAAUUAUUACGGUUACAAAUUGACUUUCAUUCGUUUUGACAUCAGAUGUGCUUUGUGAUGUAUGUUGGAGGGGGAGAAGAGAGAAGUACUUCCGACGCCCUGUGCCGGCCUGCAGGAGAGAGAUCAUCACACGGUGACGCUCGAGAACGACUCAAAAGUAAAACUGAUCCAUGUCUUGCUCAAGGACACCACGCAGACAUCAUGGCUGCUGAUGGUGUCAACCCUGCUGUUGCAUUUAAAAUAAAAGAGAAAUGAGUCAAA